UUGUUGGGCUUUGUUCAUUUGAGACCCGUGAUGAAGCCCAAGCAGGGGCCAGUCCAUUGAAGAUGCAGCCCAACCCACAACCCGCCCAAUGCACACACGCCCAGCUCCUAACCCUAGGGUUUGCGAAGUUACUUUAAGCACGGCAGCCAUAAGCAAAUCCCUCGGCCUCCCCCGAAGCGCUCUCUCUCUACUCUCCAGCCUCCACUCGCAGAGACUCCGGAGGAUCUGAAAUGGCUUUUGUCAAGGCACAAAAGAGUAAAGCAUACUUUAAGCGAUUUCAAGUUAAAUUUAAGAGAAGGAGAGCGGGUAAGACCGAUUACCGGGCAAGGAUUCGUCUCAUAAAUCAGGAUAAAAACAAGUACAACACCCCAAAGUACCGCUUUGUGGUGCGAUUUACUAACAAAAAUAUUAUAGCACAAGUUACAUCUGCAAGCAUUGCGGGUGAUUUGGUACUUGCAGCUGCAUAUUCAAGUGAGCUGCCUCGUUAUGGACUUGAAGUGGGUCUUACAAACUAUGCUGCAGCUUAUUGUACUGGACUCCUCCUUGCUCGCCGUGUCUUAAAAAAGCUGGAGAUGGAUGAUGAGUAUGAAGGCAAUGUGGAGGCUACGGGGGAGGAUUUCUCAGUAGAACCAGCUGAGAGCAGGAGACCAUUCCGUGCUCUUCUUGAUGUUGGCCUUGUUAAAACAACAACUGGAAAUCGUGUUUUUGGCGCACUUAAGGGAGCACUGGAUGGUGGUCUGGAUAUUCCCCAUAGUGAGAAGAGGUUUGCUGGUUUUUCAAAGGACAGUAAGCAGCUUGAUGCUGAGGUUCAUCGCAGCUAUAUUUUUGGAGGCCAUGUUGCUGCAUACAUGAGGACUUUGAUGGAAGAUGAGCCUGAGAAGUAUCAAUCACACUUCAGUGAAUACAUUCAAAAAGGAAUUGAUGCUGAUGGUAUUGAAGCAAUGUACAAGAAGGUUCAUGCUGCCAUUCGUGCAGACGCCACCUCUAAGAAAUCAGAGAAGAAACCACCGAAACAGCACAAAAGGUUCAAUUUAAAGAAGCUUACCUAUGAGGAGAGGAAAGCUAAGUUAAUUGAGCGGUUGAAUGCUCUAAACUCAGCAGCUGAUGAAGAGGAGGAUGAUUAGUGAAAGAAGAGUCGUGGAUCUAGACAGUUAUUUCUUGUACUUCUCCCUAGGCAGCAGACUUGAUGCAGUUCACUUGAAACAUCUGUUUGUUUUGCUAUAUUUCCUUUUUUUGUUCGUGGGUUCUUGCUUAGCAGUUUUGAGAAGAUUUUAUUUGCUACAUUUUAACAAAUAUUAUGGAUUUUUGCAGUC